AUGGCUGAAGUCAAACUCCCUGAGCCUUUUGCUAGUAUUCCUAGAGAGUCCUUUCUCUUCGGCCCCUCGCCAAUCCAGCACCUGCCUCGUAUAUCCGAGGCACUAGGAGGGAAGGUGCAGGUUUACGCCAAGCGUGAGGAUUGCAACUCAGGUCUAGCAUAUGGAGGAAACAAAACCCGAAAGCUCGAGUACUUGGCGUCUGAAGCUUUAGCGCAAGGAGCCGACACACUAGUCAGCAUUGGUGGUGUGCAGUCCAACCACACCCGCCAGGUCGCUGCGGUUGCCACUAAGCUAGGACUGAAAAGCGCGCUUGUGCAAGAGCACUGGGUGGAUUGGGAAGACCCGGGAUAUACAAAGGUUGGGAACAUUCAGCUGUCGCGAGUCAUGGGUGCAGAUUCGCGUCUUGAUUCGUCAACCUUUGGUAUCGAGCAUAAAGAUACUCUUAAGAACUUGCAGAAGGAACUCACUGAAGCCGGCCGCAAGCCGUAUUACAUCCCAGCUGGUGCCUCGGAUCAUCCACUCGGCGGAUUGGGUUUUGCGAGAUGGGCUUUCGAAGUCAUAGAGCAAGAGAAGUCUCUAAAUGUAUUUUUUGAUACCAUCAUCGUGUGUGCUGUUACGGGCUCCACCAUGGCUGGCAUGGUUGCCGGCUUCAAGUUAGCUGAGAAGCUCGGCGCCCCAAGGCGUAAGGUAAUCGGCAUCGACGCUUCCGCCAAGGUACGACAAACAUUCGACCAGGUCUUGCGCAUUGCAAAGUUCACAGGCACCAGGAUCGGGCUUGUUGAUGAUGAUAUCACAGAAAAAGACAUCAUUCUUGAUGACAGAUAUCAUGCUGGUGUUUAUGGAAUCCCAGAUGAUCAAACAAUCGAAGCUAUCAAAUUUGGUGCACAGACCGAGGCUUUCAUUACCGAUCCUGUGUACGAAGGCAAGAGUUUAGCAGGGAUGAUGGAUCUCAUCAAGAAAGGUGAAAUUGCUUCAGGCAGUAAUGUUCUCUAUGCUCAUCUGGGUGGUCAACUGGCUCUUAAUGCCUACUCGUCCAUCCAGUCAUAG